AUGACCCUCACGGUGUCGGAAACGGACAGCAAUAGUCUAAGGAACCCGGACAUGACCGAAACUCUACCAAGCUCUGAACUAUCCCUACUAGCCAAACUGGAGGCCGCCAACAAGCUGAUCGAGAGUGACUCGAAGAGUCUCAAUUCGCUCCAGAGUUCGGCCCAUAGCCGAAAGAGCUCCGACACGAGCCAGAUCAGUUUAAAUUCGGGCGCCUCCUCGGUCGGUGAAGAGGAUGUCUGGUCGACCUGGGCCAGCAUCGUCACCGACUGGGAGGCGAGCCAGAAGCGCAAAGGACCGACGGUGAAGGAGCUGGUACGCAAGGGCAUACCACACCACUUCCGGGCGAUCGUAUGGCAGCUGCUGUGUGGAGCUUCCGAUGCGGACAAGAAGCAGUAUGCCGAGUAUAUUAAGGCGACGAGUGCGUGCGAGAAGGUGAUACGACGUGAUAUUGCCCGUACAUACCCAGAGCAUGACUUUUUCAAGGAGAAGGAUGGACUAGGCCAGGAGGCACUGUUUAAUGUGAUGAAAGCGUACUCACUGCACGAUCGUGAAGUUGGCUACUGUCAGGGAUCUGGUUUUAUUGUUGGACUACUGCUUAUGCAGAUGCCCGAGGAGGAAGCGUUUGCCGUUCUUGUGCAAAUUAUGCAACAAUAUCGCAUGCGCGACAUGUUCAAACCCUCUAUGGCGGAGCUCGGGCUGUGUAUGUACCAGCUGGAGAAUAUCGUGCAGGAGCAAAUACCUGAGCUACAUCUACAUUUUCAAUCGCAAAGCUUCCAAACGUCUAUGUACGCAUCGAGCUGGUUCCUGACGCUGUAUACUACCGCACUGAAUCUAACGCUCAGUUGUCGUAUAAUGGAUGUGUUUCUGUCGGAAGGAAUGGAGUUUAUUUUCAAGGUUGCGAUUGCACUUCUCACGAUUGGCAAGGACACGUUGCUUUCGUUAGACAUGGAAGCAAUGCUUAAGUACUUCCAGAAAGAGCUUCCGCAAAAAGUAGAAAACGAUGCGGAUGGACUAUUUAAUCUGGCCUUCCAGGUGAAGAUCAAUACGAAAAAGAUGAAAAAGAUGGAGAAAGAAUAUGCUGAUCUUCGUAAGAAGGAACAGGAGGAAAUGGUGGAACUAAGGCGACUACGGAGCGAAAACCGUUUGCUAAAAAAGCGAAACGAACUACUCGAGGCAGAAAGUGCAGAACUGGCUGAUCGGCUCGUUCGGGGACAGGUUUCCCGCGCCGAAGAAGAAGAAACUAGCUACGCGAUUCAGUCCGAACUGCUGGCUCUCCGACGGGCACAUCUGGAAGUUUCACAUCAGCUAGAAAACGCAAAUGAAGAAGUGCGAGCACUAAGUUUGCGACUGCAGGAAAACAAUCCGGACAAUUCACUCGAAUCCAACAACUCUCGACAGAACUCGUUUGAUGAGUUGAUUAUGAAGGAAGAAGCACUGAAACAACGAGACGAAAUGGUUUCAUGCCUACUCGAAGAAUUGGUCAAGGUGCGACAGGGUCUCGCCGAAAGUGAAGAUGUGAUUCGUAACCUAAAGACUAAGAUCCAAGAGUUGGAAGAGGAUAAAAAACGACUGCGCGAAACCACCACAGACAACUCGGUAGCACAUCUUCAGGACGAGCUGAUUGCAAGCAAAUUGCGCGAAGCAGAGGCAAGCUUAUCGCUCAAGGAUCUGAAGCAACGCGUGCAGGAACUGAGUACUCAAUGGCAGCGGCAACUUUCCGAGCAGCGCAACGAUCCGGCCCAGAGCAAUGACUCCGGCGCAAAGAAGUUGCUGUUCUGGGAGUCGGGCCGUUCGCAAGACUUACAAAAGCUCGAGGAGGAACUCAUGACCACCCGAAUACGGGAGAUGGAAACGUUAACCGAAUUGAAAGAGCUUCGGUUGAAGGUGAUGGAGCUGGAAACACAGGUGCAAGUUUCGACGAAUCAACUACGGCGGCAGGAUGAAGAGAGCAAGAAAGUAAAAGAAGACCUAGAAGAAGCGCUGGUUCGGGAACGCGAGCUUGCGAAUAAGGCACGCGAACAGCAGCACCGUUACUCCGAUCUCGAAUCUCGCAUGAAGGACGAGCUAAUGAAUGUGAAGAUUAAAUUUACCGAGCAAAGUCAAACGGUGGCGGAGCUGAAGCAAGAAAUUUCAAGACUGGAAACAAAGAACUCGGAAAUGCUGGCCGAGGGAGAGCUGCGAUCUAAUCUGGAUGAAUCAGACCGCGUCCGAGAUCUACAGGACAAGGUCGCCGAGCUAAAAGCUGAGCUGACUGCCAUCAAAAGCCGUGGAACGGCGUUGAACCUGCGGAAGAUUAAGAGCACAUCGAUACAGUCGAUAGAUUCGAAUGAGAUCGAUUUUGCCGAGAUACAGCUUUCGUCCAAAAUGAACAUUCCCGGACCACAGGCAGCAAAUUCUGGUUCUCCCUCGUGA